AUGGAAGAUAUUUUCGGCCAAAUCGAAUGCCGGACAAAGUCAGAUUCUGUCGUGAUGCGGAUCCUCCGGUCAGCCAUGGACGAGGCCCACGAGAAGCUCCAGUCACGAGACGGGCCCAUCCAGUUCCUGCAUGACCGGUCCACAUUUUACGAGCUGGCAGCUAUUUUAGUCGAGGGCGGACUUUCCAUCGUCCGAGACGAGCAAACCGAUGACAUGGCAGCCAACUGCAACAAAAUCCACUCGGACCUAACCGAGAUCAAAUCCUGGCUGGCGGGCCGCAUUCAGGACAUGCGCCACCUCAUCCUCGAGAAGGAUCGCGAGCUAACCGACCUGUCUGAAACCCGGUCGAGGCUCGAAAAAUCGCUCGAGUUGAAAGAAAGAGAGGCUUGCCGAGCUGAAAACGAAGAUAUUUUCAGGCUGAAAGACUCGGUCGACCAGCAGGUUUCGAGCAUGAAGCAGAAGCUCGACGAGGAGAGACGAGCCCUGAGCAUCGAGAGGCGAAAUAAGAAGACGCGCGUCUCGAGCCCGAACCUCAGUUUCGAGUUCUUGGAUAAGGAAAGAAACGGGAGCCCGAUUUUCAAAGACGAUGUUGAUUUUGAUAUUCCGGGAGUGAACGUGAAGCAGCCGAACAAUCAGAACGUGCUGAUUAGGAAAAUGUGUUCGGAUAUCGAUAUAUUGAAAGAGACAUUGGAUCUCGCGUUCGGCCGGAUUGGGACUAUCCCGUCUGAAAAUCAGUGGGCUUGCUCGGUCGAGAGGGACGUCGAGUUGACUUUGGUCAGAGGCUUUCUUGAUGAGCUCAGACUAGGCGGCCCGAAUGAGAGAGCGGGCUUCUCGAGUGAUGAUUGGAUGGAUUUUCUUGACGAGUUGAGGAAUUUGUGCCGUGAGCUUCGAGAUUAUGUUAAGACGAAUGAUAUGCAUGAAAAAAGGCGGCCCGUUAUUGCCCGGAGCUCGAGUGAGCCCGUAUCGGAUAUCGAGUUCACAGGAGAUAAUAAUAGUGAUUUUGAUGAGGUUGAUGGGAAAAAACAUGUGGCCAAAAUGAAGAAGAAUUUCGAGUCGAUUAUUAAGAAACAGGUCGAAGAGUUGAGCCGGUUGAAACGGGAAGGUGGAGAAGGGUCGUUUUAUCGGAUCGGGAGAGAGAAAGGUGGUAGCAGGCUCGAGCGAAAAAUCCGAGAUGCUAUUACGAGGCUCGAGAAUUUGACCAAAAGGGACCAACUGAAGAAGAGUAGAAGUUUUAACUUUAAGUCUGAUCAUGUAAGAGCAAACAGAAGCACUGGUAAUGAAGUCAAGAGAUUAAAAUUCGAGGUCGAAAGCCUAAAAGAAGAGAGAGAUGGGCUGUUUUUCGAGAAUUUCUUGAUGCAAGAUACUUACCGGGUUCUUUUACGAUGCGUGACGAGUGAUUUUAGGGAGAUUUUCGAAGCUUGUAAUUCCGAAAAAGUCGAUUUUGCCACUGAGUGUCUUCUCCGGGAGGAUAUCCACCGGUUUCUCAUUCUCGAGGCCGCGAAGGACUCGAGUGUACCUGAAAAUCAAGAAAAUGUGUCGAAUGCCGAUAUUUUCCGAGAGGGAAGCUUGAUUCGGAAGUUCGACUCGUUGCUCAAGUGUUUGGAGGCCGAGGAGGAUCUCAUGCUGAGGGCAAACUCGGAAAUAAAGGAGCACAAUGUGACCAACAGCUUGGUGAUCUUGAACUGUGAGGAGAUUGAUGAACGAGACGCGAUCGAGUGGCUGAUAACCGAUGACGAGUGCACGUUUAUUUCGGUCAGUGAGAAGCUCGAGCGAGCCCUGCAGCAACUGUACACGAGCAAGGAGUUGUUAGUCGAGUUGGAGCAGAGCUUGAAAGUGUCUGAGGAUUCGGAAGAUUAUUGCUGUCGAGGACGGUCAAGUGAUGUGGAUGGCCCCGAGUUCGAAAAGGGCAGUUCGGUAAUUUCGUACAAUGGUGUUCUUGGGAAUAUUGUGGAAUUACUAGGGGUGGUUGGCAAUUUUGAGCAUGCUUUGGAGGAGAAUGUGGAGAGCAAAUGCUUAAGGUAUCUGAGUUAA